GCGCACAGGUUGCAGCGUGUCCCAGGCGCAAAGCCAGCAACGACACAUACGGGCGCAGAGCGAGCUAAUUGUCCAUAACUGAUGUGGUUGUAGAAUUUGCGUUCGAGAAAGUGGGCAUCAAAAUGGGCUGCGUCUAUUCCAAAAAGUCCAGAAGAAAAUCGGAGAAUGAGCUAAAACCAACGUCGACCGGAGGACAAAACGCGGCCAACAACAACGCAGAAGAGGAACCAAAGCAAUACAGCUGGGACAAGCGAGAGAAGGUUGAUCCCAGUGAGUACACACUGAAAGGGUUCAAGGAUACCACAAUUGGUCGUUUACCAGGGAAACUGAAUGGUCAACAGCUGGUCAUCCAGGACUGCGAGAACUGUAACAUCUAUGUCUUCGACCACUCGGCUACAAUUUCCAUCGACGACUGCACCAACUGCCGGGUGGUGCUCGGGCCGGUGAAGGGCAGCGUUUUCAUCCGCGACUGUAAGGACAUGAAGUGCGUGGUGGCGUGCCAGCAGUUCCGAACCCGCGACUGCAAGAAGGUGGACGUGUUCCUGUGCUGCGCCUCCCAGCCCAUCAUCGAGUCGUCCACGGGCAUGAAGUUCGGCUGCUUCCAGUACUACUACCCGGAGCUGGCCUUCCACUUCAAGGACGCCGGACUGAGCAUCUUCAACAACAACUGGAGUAACGUCCACGACUUCACCCCGGUCUCCGGGGAGACGAACUGGAGCUUGCUGCCCGAGGACGCGGUGAUUUUCGACUACGUGCCAGCGCCGGACUCUGAGUCGGAGUUCAAAGGUGUGAGGAUAUCCACCGAGGUCAGCCGGAGCAUCGUGCCUCUGACCCGUGGAGGGAGGCGCAAGGAGAGCGACGAGUCCUGCCUUUUCGUGUUUUUCGCUGGGGACUAUACUACUGCCAACGCCCGCAAGCUCAUCGACGAGACCACAGCAAAAGGCUUUGUUCUGAUCCAAACCAAAGAGGUUUCAAUGCGGCCAGAGGAUGUUGACCGGGUAUUCCAAAACAACGCAGAAGGGCUCACGGAGCUGAUAACUAAAGGGCCAGUUGUGGCUUUAGAGCUGAAUGGAGAUGGGGUGGUUGAAGCCUGCCAUAGCAUUGCCAAUGAAGUGUUCAAUGGAACCAAGGUUUUCAUUUCAGAAAGCAAAGAAAGCUCGGCAAGGGAUGUGGACAGCUUCUUCAACUUUGCAGACAUGCAAAUGGGAUUGUGAAGCUUGGGAUUGAAUGCCUUUUUUUACUGCCUGUUUGCCCAGUAACAUGAGUUGAAUUGUUCAUAAGCCACAAACAUAGGCUACAAGUUGGCUAUAUAGAAAGAAACUGUACAUACUGCAUAAUUUUAGGUAAGCACUAACUGAAUGUAUUUUGAAACAAUUAUGUUUGUUUUUACCUGUUUGCUUGAUGUCAUUUAUGUCUGAAUACCAGCUCAUGCAAGUACACUGUUGAAUGUCUUUAAAGUAGUAUUAUAAUAUUUGUCGUGAACACAGAAAUCUAGUAAAGCAGAAGUGAACAUGAAAGCAAAUUAUUAGAAUGAAUGGCUCUGUAGAUCAUUUUUAUUUUUUAUUUUA